UCUCAGGUCCGCAGUCCUGCAAUACAAGUCCACUUCGCCAAAAACAGUUGUUUAUAUUGAGUACUCCGAGCGACUAAAGAAACAUGUCUGGCAGAGGAAAGGGUGGCAAAGGUCUCGGGAAAGGAGGAGCUAAGCGUCACCGCAAAGUUCUUCGUGACAACAUCCAGGGUAUCACCAAGCCCGCUAUCCGCCGUCUGGCUCGGCGCGGUGGAGUCAAGCGAAUCUCCGGACUUAUCUACGAGGAGACGCGCGGUGUGCUCAAAGUUUUUCUGGAGAACGUCAUCCGUGACGCCGUCACCUAUACUGAGCACGCGAAAAGGAAGACCGUGACUGCCAUGGAUGUGGUGUACGCUCUCAAGAGACAAGGGCGCACUCUCUACGGCUUCGGUGGUUAAACGCUUAAGCCGUCCAUUGGUGAUCCAAUCCAAAGGCCCUUUUAAGGGCCACUAAACACAUUCUAAGAGAACACUUACUUUGGUGAUGAGUAUUAAGUGUAAGUUGAGGGUUUCGUUAUUUUUCAGUGGAUGGCUCAACUUUACGAAUAACAAGGAGAGAUGGAAUCCU